AUGAAUUUUCAGCAAUACUUUUCUUAUAUUAUUUAUUUAUUUGCACUAAUUGGUUUUAUAUCUGUAUUCUAUUAUAUAUAUCAAAAUCAAACAGAUUUUUCACAUAUAUUAAUUCAAAGUACGAAUAAUGAAAAUUUCAAUAAAAAUAAUUUAUCAGUAACAAAUCUUCUUUUAAAAUAUAUUGAACAAUGUCCUGAAUGUUUUUUAUUUUUAUUGACAAAUAAAACUUUGUCUAAUAAUGAAACAAUAUUUCAUAUUUUUAAUCAAAUAUCAAUUAAUUCACAAGCAAUAUUUUAUCCAUUAACAAUGAAACUUUAUUAUAAUCAACCAAUACCUUAUUAUACAAUAUUAUCAAAUAAUCAAACAGAAUUAACAAUAAAUAUACGAAAUUAUUGGAUAGAUUAUAUUAAAAAAAUUAAUUAUAUUAAAAAAAAUUCUAUUUUAGAUUUUAUUCUUCAAUCAUUAGAAAAACCAAUUCAAAUAAUUAAUUAUUCAUGGUCAAAUAAAACAAAAUUAAUUCUUUAUUAUACAAAAUUUUUUGGUAGUACAUAUUGGUAUAAUAAAGAUGAAAAUACUGUUUAUUCAAAUGAUUUUAAUUUCAAUAAUUGUCCUAUAUUAGUUAAUGCAUGUCAUAUUACAAUUGAUCAUAAUUUUUUUUCACAAAGUGAUGCAUCACUUAUUCAUCUUCGAGAAUCAAUUAAUUAUAAAAAAUUAAAUAAUAUAACACGUCAAAUAAAUCAAAAAUUUAUUUUCUUUUUAAAAGAAUCACCAAUACAUUCACCAAGUUUAUCUUCAAAACAACAUAGUCGAAUAUUUAAUUAUACUCAAACAUAUCGACCUGAUUCAGAUAUAACAGCAACAACAUUAAGAAAUUUUUUUUGGUUAUUUAAUUAUAAAAUAUAUCCAAAUUAUAAUUUUAAUUCUAUUAUUGAAACAAAAGAAUCAGGAAAAAUUCUUGUUGCUAUUAUUUCUAAUUGUGGUGAUUCAAGUAAUCGUUUAAAUUAUAUUAAUGAAUUAAAAAAAUAUAUAUCUGUUGAUGUCUAUGGUAAAUGUGGAAUUCCAUGCCCUAAAGUUGUCAAUUGUCGUCAAUAUGCUUAUACAACAUAUAAAUUUUAUUUAGCUUUUGAAAAUAGUUUAUGUGAUGAAUAUGUAACAGAAAAAUUCUUUCUUGCACUUGAGAGUGCACAAAUUAUACCAAUUGUGCUUGGUUGGGCACGUUAUGAUCAUUAUAUUCCAUCAACAGGAUAUAUUGAUGUACGAAAUUUUCCAACACCACGUGAACUUGGUACAUAUAUUGAUUAUCUUGAUAAAAAUACAACAGCUUAUUUAGAAUAUUUUCAAUGGAGACAAUAUGCACUUCAUAUAAAAAUACCAAAAUAUAUGUGUGAACUUUGUUUAAAAUUAUUUCUUGAUGAUAAAGAUCAUAAACAACAAUCAUUAGAACAUAUUGAUCAAUAUUGGAAUAGAAAAACUCAAUGUCAUACUUAUAAAAAAAAUGACAAUGGUACAUGGAUUAUGAAAUAA